AUGUCGGAGGUAGUAUCAUACCCAGAGACCGACUCAACAGUUACUCUCUUACUUCUAGGCGACGCGGGCUGCGGAAAGUCCAUAUUCUUAUCUCGUUUAAAGAGUGGCAAGAAGCCAACGCCAUCUCAACCAGCCACUGCACCAGAUUGCUCACUACAGACCCUACGGGAUAGCGACCAACCCUUCACUUAUGAUAUCCGCUUCUCUAAAAGAGCUUUUACCCUGGAAGUCUAUGAUACAUCCUGUCCCAACCAGCACUGGUCGACUCUUAGGCCUGAUCUUGUCGUUAUAGCCUUUGAUAUCUCAAACCGGGAGACACUUACAGGACUUAAAGAGUGGCGAAACGAUAUAUCAAGAUACUUUCAACAUGGUCGUGGAGACCGUAUCCCCGUGAUGAUGCUUGGCUUGAAGAGAGACCUGAGGAAGGAAGGCGAGGGGAUUAUAUACCCACAAGAAGCCUACCGUAUUGCCCAGGAAUUGCGCUGUGAUAGAUAUGCAGAAUGUUCGGCUGUGACGGGUGAGCUGCUGGCAGAGACAUUUGAAGACAUUGCCAGGCUUGCAGGAAUGUCGACUACAGAAAAAGGUGGACAAACAGCGGGAGGGUGUAAUAUUUUAUGA